UCAAUGCAUAAACUUGUGUAUUAUUCCUAAAUAUAAACAAAUAUUUGUGACUAAAAUGGCAGCGGAAGCUUGUGAAAUAAAGAAGGAAACAUCAGCUGAAUCAAUUUGCCGCCUGUGCUUUACGGAACGUGAAAAUUAUCGGUUGAUUUUUGUAGACGAAUAUUCCUCGCUGCAUGCAUGGAUUGAGAAUCUCACAUCUUUGAAGAUCAUGAAAGUUCCAAACGCGCCAGGUUCGUUAUGCUUGGAGUGCGAAAACACAUUACACAACUUUGAAUCUUUUCGAGAGAUGUGUUUCACCAACGAUCGAGUAUUCACAGAGGUGUUUACUCAGGAUAACCGAGGGAAUGAUCGUAAGGUUGUUUCGAAUUUUUUUCCAGCAACAAACGAAAUAAAAAUGGAACUAAGUGAGGGCCAGAAAGCAGAUGUUUUGAACUUAACAAUUGAUGAAAAUUUUGAAAUUAAAUUAGAGUGCCCUGAUUUAAAAAUCGCAGCCACCAGUAUAGUCAAUUCAGAGGAAAAUGAUGAGUCAAGUAAUGGUGCAGAGGAAGAUCAGACUUUAAAAACGAAUGAAUGUCAUAUGGAACCAAUAGCUGAGGAAUGCAAUACAUUUUUAAAUAGUCUAAACAGACAAAUCCAGAUGGACAACAAAGAGAAACCACAUAUUUGCAGUUGGUGUAAUAAAGGAUUCAGACGUUCGAACCAGCUUAAAGUUCACAUACGAAGUCACACGCAGGAAAGGCCAUAUAUGUGUAAUGAUUGUGACAAAUCAUUCAGCACACUUAGUAAUUUGGUGCGGCAUGCGCGAUCUCCGAACGGUUGUAAACCAUACACAUGCGAUUUGUGUAAAGCCAGAUUUUCACACAGUUCCCAUCUGAUGCGCCACAAACUAGUCCACUCGAAGGAAAUCCGUACGGGCACUACAAUUUUUACAGAAGAAACAGAGUCAAAUCGUGAUAAAUAGGAUGUUUGGAAUUUGCAUGCGCGAUCUCACAGCGAGUUGGAAGCAUACUCAUGCGUGGUGUGUCAAGAGAAAUUUCCUCCAUUCAAAGGGUCAUCCGGUCUGUUAAUCCGUUUGUGAGGAGCGGUUCAUGACAACAGACUACCUGAAUGCUAAAGAUAGUUAAUUGUUGAAAAGUCAUAUUUUAUAAAAAAAAAAACUACACUAGUUUUUCUCCUACUUAUUAAUUAGGUAAUUGCA